UAGAAAGAACACGAGUCGAAUAUUCUCUCUCUCCCCAUUAUCAAUGUCUACCCGAGUGAAUAACAUGGAUUCGGCAACCAAAGAAGAUUACAAACCGCAAGAUGGACCAAUAGAAAUAAAGAAUCGGCAUAUUGCUGAAAUGGACGAGGAUGUCCUCUACCACAUCGCCCUGGGAACACGGUCACAUGACCUCAAGGACAUGUUCAGAGAUAUCAAGUUUGUGUGUUUUGGUGGGUCACCGAGUCGGAUGAAGAAGUUUGCGUUUUUCAUGGUUGAUCAGCUAAAGUUCAAGCUUCCCGCAGGUCAGACUCUCGAGGAUAUCGCACACGGUUCAGACAGAUACGUACUCUACAAAGUUGGUCCCGUUCUCUCAGUUAGCCAUGGUAUGGGUAUUCCUUCUCUGUCGAUAAUUUUCCACGAAAUCGUCAAACUACUUCAUCACGCAGGUAGCUCUGGAGUCACGUUUUUCAGAAUUGGAACUAGCGGCGGUUUAGGAAUGGUGCCUGGUUCGGUUGUGAUAACAGAUGAAGCCGUUGAUGGUAUUCUCAGACCAUACAUGGAGCUAGCGACAAUGGGAAUGAUGAUCCACCUCCCAUCGUUUCUAGAUCAGGACAUCGUUCAGGAACUGUAUUCUCUCGCCGAGAAGAAUGAUCACUUCCAAACUAUUGUCGGCAAAACGAUGUGCACACACGACUUCUAUGAAGGCCAGGCCAGACUUGAUGGAGCAUUCUGUGAUUACACCAAGGAGGACAAGAUGAUGUUUCUCAGACGGAUCCAUGAAAAGGGCGUUCGUAACAUUGAGAUGGAAUCGCUGUGCUUUGCUUCAUACUGUCACCGUGCAAAUAUAAGAGGAGCUGUCAUUUGCGUAGCAUUAUUAGACCGACUGGAGGGCGACCAAAUCUCUACACCACACGACAUUAUGGAAGAUUGGCAGUCGAGGCCACAGAUUCUAGUCGCCAGAUACAUCAGAAAGAAGCUAGGUAUACACUAAAUGAAAUCCACCGGCAGCGAGAGACCAAACAAAAAACUGGUUGACAAUUCAAGACUGAAUGAAUGAAACUGGACAGCAACUUCAGGCAUUGAAAUAAGCUAAGAACGAUCUCUUAGGUUACCAGGGCCCCGUUCCAUGAAGCGAUUGUGGCCCUAAGAUCACCUUAAGUGCAUAUGGUAGCUAUGCUCUUAAGGUGAUCUUAGGGUUAAAAUCGCUUUGUGGAACGGGGCCCAGGUCCCUGUUUUACGAAGCAAUCAUAGCUCUAAGAUCAUCUUAACUACAUACAGUGAUUAUGAACUUAAGAGCAGUUUCGUCAAAUUUGGUUUAUUCUAACAUAAGAUACUGUAUACAAGUAUCUGUAUAAUGAGAAUAGUGGAAUGAAUGACAAAGCCUUUUAAUAAUAAAAAAAAUGAGGAGAACAGUAAUCUUCAUAAAUUAAUAGGCCCAUAUGGGCUUCAGUGGUGUCGUGGUUAAGCAAUUGGACAUAUGGCUGGUAGGUACUGGGUUCGCAGCCCAGUACCGGCUUCCACCCAGAGCUUAGCAACUCAAUGUGACUUCGGUAGUGUCGUGGUUAAACAAUCGGAUAUAAGACUGGUAGGUACUGGGUUCGCAGCCCAGUACCGGCUCCCACCCAGAGCUUAGCAACUCAAUGUGGCUUCGGUAGUGUCGUGGUUAA